AAUCAAACACUAGUAUUCAAAAAUUAGUUUUCUUUCAUUCUCAUUCCUUUUUUUCCCUUCACGUUGACAUCGACAGACACAUUAUGGCGCAAUUAACUCUUCACUCGAUCACGUAUCUUUCUCUUCCUUUUCACUUCCCACGCAAACCCAUUUCUCUCUCUCCAAAACCCAAUUUAAUAACUCGAUUUCCAAACCCUCUUGUUCUUCACAACCGAAUCCCCAAAAACAUGCAUUCUUUGCGUGUUUCUAGUUUUCAAGAUGCUUUUGGAGGAGCUGUGGCAAUUGUUCAAUCGUCACCUGCCACCUGGGAAUCCUCUUUGCUGGCUAACCUCUUGAUUUUUCUGUUGGGUUCUCCAAUUUUGGUUACUGGUUUGUCGUUUUCUGGGAUUGUUGCUGCUUUUUUGCUUGGUACGCUUACUUGGCGUGCUUUUGGGUCUCCUGGGUUUCUACUUGUUGCCGCCUUUUUUAUCAUUGGUACAGCAGCAACAAAAGUCAAAAUUACACAGAAAAUGGAAGAAGGAGUUGCUGAGAAAAAGAGAGGAAGAAGGGGUCCCGAGAGUGUUGUUGGAUCCAGUGCUGCGGGUUGCAUUUGUUCUCUCAUGGCUAUUUCUGGAGUUGGAGGUGCAGCAUUUUCUCAGCUUUGGAGACUUGGGUUUGUUGCUAGUUUCUGUACCAAGUUGAGCGACACAGUUUCAAGUGAGAUAGGCAAGGCAUAUGGAAAAACAACGUACCUAGUUACGACAUUCAAGAUAGUUCCAAGAGGCACGGAAGGGGCAGUUAGUGUUGAAGGAACCUUGGCUGGAAUUUUAGCAGCUCUACUUCUUGCCUUUCUCAGUUUUCUCCUGGGCGAGAUUGGUGUACAUGAAGUAGUUAUAUGUUUAUUAGCUUCCCAGUUUGCUAAUCUUGGUGAAAGCCUAAUUGGUGCUUUACUUCAAGAUAAGAAAGGAUUUGAAUGGCUGAAUAAUGAUUUAGUCAAUGUGAUCAACAUAUCAAUAGGAAGUAUCACAGCAGUCUUAAUGCAGCAAGCACUUCAAAAUUGGACCCCCUAAAUUUCAAGAUUUUCUUGGAGCUCAAUUAUUCAUUUAUUUAUUUGCAAUAUAGAAAACAAACUUUCAGAUAUUUGUACUGCUAUUGGAUGUUCUUUCAAAUUAAAAUUGAAUACUAUAAAAUUGCUUAGGAAUUUGAAAAAUGUAACAUUUGCAUAUUAGUGACAAUUUUGGAUAUGCAUAUCCGGAA